ACGCCGCUAAAGUGCGCGGUGGUGACACGCUAUCAAUCUCCCUCCUCCACCGGCCGCCCAUAUGACUCUCUCCCUCGCUUUUCUCCUCCUCCUUCCUCUGCCCUCCUCGCUCCGCUUUUCUCUUGCCGGCCUCUUCACUUCUCACUGUCUCUCCUUGCACCUCCUCUGAAUUCAUUCGCAAAUCUUGAUCCUCCCUCGUCUUCGUCGGCAAUCUGUGGAGCUAGGGUUUUGUGAUCUCUUCCCUUGUUUUCUUCUCACCCGAUUCCUGAAUCGAAGAGAUCAAAAAGAAAGAAAGAAAGAAAGAACGGAAAGAAUUAAUAAUUAGGGCUUCGAGCCAGCCUUUACGAUCCUCAUCGAAGCUCUGAAUCGCCGUCCGUUUCGGGGCUUUUCUGCUACCGAAUCCAUCCAUCCGACGAGGCAUCGGAAGGCUGAUAGAUCCGAUCGGAGCACGAGGAGCAGGGGGUCUAGCUUUACUAUACGGUGGCGGGUCUCUGUUCGCUGUGACAGGCGCCGUGUUUCUAUCUUCUAUGGUCUGGAGGUUGGCCCAGUAGGAGGAGGAAGAGGAGGAGGAGAGAUGUUCGUUAGUCGGCCGGCGGUGCAUCCGGUGGAGGCUCCCCCUCUCACCGAUGCCGCUGAGAAUCCACCAAGGGUGAGGAUGAAGGACAUACAGGGCAUGCCUGGGACACCCGGAGGCCUUGCCCUGCGCCUCUGCCAAUUCAUAUUCGCGGCCGCUGCUCUCUCCGUCAUGGCGUCCACCAGCGAUUUCACCUCCGUCACCGCCUUCUGCUAUCUGGUAGCAGCAGUCAUCUUACAAAGCUUGUGGAGUCUUUCACUAGCCUUCUUGGAUAUCUAUGCUCUUCUAGUAAAACGCUGCUUGCGGAAUUCCCGAGCUGUCUGUUUGUUUACCAUUGGAGAUGCGAUCACAUACACACUUACAUUUGCAGCGGCUUGUGCAUCUGCGGGCAUCACAGUUCUGAUUGGCAAUGAUCUCAACAUCUGUUCAGAUAACCCCUGCACAAGCUUUGAAACUGCUACAGCCAUGGCCUUCAUGAGCUGGUUUGCACUCUCCCCAUCGUUUCUCCUAAACUUUUGGUCAUUGGCGUCCAGGUGAAAAGCAAGAACAGCUACCCCCAAACUAUCUGUAUGCUGGUGUGAUCAUGGAAUUUCUUUUCUUUUUUCUGAUUAUUGCCUACAGUAAAAUACCCAUUACGAUCAUAUGUAUAUUCAUGACGACUGGGGUUGAGAAGUGUGCAAGUUUACAUUGUUGAUAAUGGAAAGUGAAACCUUGCAUUCGUUCCAUGGUAAUAGAAUGCUGGCCUGUUGUCUAUGUGAA